CGUGGCCGUGGGUGACUGUGAAUCGAGAACGUGUCCGCUAAGAAUACUAGUCACAACCCGAAGGUCCAUCGAUACUUCCCCAUUUCCCUCUUUCCCAAUAGGGUUUUCCGCUGCUGUCUCUCUUUCUGUACUUCCUUCACAGAUAGAGGGGAUCUCUGAAACCCUAGAUUUGGUGUAUAUAUUAUCUACGUAUAUAUAUCGUGUAUAAUACUUAUUUCAGCUAAUUUCAAUGGAUGAUCACAUGGAUGAUGACUGGGAAAGUGGGAAACACACUCGUCAGCCGCCGUACGAUAGUUACAUAGAUGUGGAAGAGUUUGAGGAGUAUGAAGAUGACAAUGAUGAUGACGAGUACGAUGAUAAUGGGAAAUCGGAAUUGGCGUGCCCAUUUUGUUCAGAGGACUUCGACCUGGUUGAAUUGUGCUGCCACAUUGACGACAAGCAUCACUGGGAGGCCAAGUCUAGGAUCUGUCCCGUUUGUGCUACAGAGGUGGGGAUCAACAUGGCUGCACAUAUAAUCACGCGUCAUGAAAAUUUCUUGAAGGCUCUUUGCAAAAGGAAACUUUGUAAUGGUGAAUCUCGUUCAGCACUGUCUUUAUUGAGGAAGGAUUUGCUGGAUAAAUAUCUAAAAUCUAUCUCAGAGGGGGCUUCUCGUGUUGUUUCUUCCUCUGACAUGGCUCCUGAUCCUCUGCUUUUGUCAUUUAUCUACAACCCCCGACCUGGUGAUGAGUUUGUAAGUGUACAUGCUAGUUCUUCAACUCAAGCAAGACUACCAGAGAAAAGCUCAAAUGAGAAUAUCUUAGAGAGUAGAAACAUCCAACCAUCUUUAUCAGACAAGGCUCAAGAGGAAAAGGCCCAUAGAUGUGAGUUUGUGCAUGGCCUAUUAUUCUCCACGAUUCUGGACGAUGACCUGUGACCGAGACAUGUUGCUGCAGUGGUCUUCAACAUCAACUAUAAACAGGUGAAGCUCGUGAUUGAAGUUAGUUACUGACAAUAUUCUAGCCGUGGUCUCCAACUAUUAAGCAUUAGCAGAGAAGCUCAUUGUCAAAGUUGGGUGCUGAAUAUGCUGAUAAUGUUGGCACAAAAGUCAGGGUAGAGGAAGGAAUUGAAUCUAAAUGCAUGUAACAAGCCAAUGUAAUCAGCUAGGCUGAAACCCAAGAUUAGACUCUUAUUGCAUUUUUCUUUUUCUGGGCCAAGGCUGUUGUGAAUAAUGGAGAUAUGAUCGAAAUAUAAUCUCUCACAAAGGCGUUAUAGUUUUAUUGUCCAAUCAUGGGGUACUUGUUACAUGUAGUUCGAUCCAAUGCCUAAUUGCAGAAUGUUUAGUCAGG